GCUCCCGCACGCCACAGCCGCCGUCCUCGGGUCUGGUGAGGAGGUGCUCCGCCCCUGCCGCCCACCUCCGUCUCCGUCUCCAUCUCCGCCCCUUCGCCUCCACUGCCGCAAACUCUAGCCAUAAUCCCUAUGUCUUCGAAUCCCACUCCUUUUCUAGAUUUCUGAGACGAGGACGAGUUUGAGGGGAUCCCUGCCUCCGAGCUCCAAAAUCCGACGCGUCCUCCACCACGCCAGAUCCCUCUGACGUGGACGAGGCCCAGGUGGUGCCGGCCUUGCCAAGGAGCUCGGCCGAGCUCCUCCGAGUGUUCUCAACUGAGAUUGCAUGCGUCAGCUUCCUUGCGAUAAGAGAGGAGGUGGCCUAGCAGCGGCAGAUUCAGGUCGAGCACGCUUUGGAUUGGUGGAUGAUGACGAUGAUGAUGACCAAAUCAACGAGCAGCAAUGCCUGGACGAGAUCCAGAUAAGGACGAUCAAGCGGCCUGAUGCGGCAGCGGCGACACCUGCUCCGUUCGCGCACAGCGCCAUGAGGUCUCAGAUCUCCGGCGAGAUCAUGGUGGCAGCUAGGCCUACUCACCAGCCCCACCAGGCGGAAGCCUCGGUGGUUUCUGUCGUGAAGAUGGAGCCGAAGUGGCCCUCAAGCCACCCUCCAUCUUCAAGGGAUGAAGCACUCUUUUUUGUGAAUUUGGAAGAUCUUGCUGUAAUCCAAGAACUAUGGAGAGAAAUUGGUUGGGAUGAGCUUGAACAGGACAAUGUGCUAUUGCAACUGGAUGCGGAUUGCCUCAAUGUUUACAGGAAGAAAGCAGAACAGACUAGAAAGGAAAAGGAACUAUGGAAAUAAAUCGGUCAGGAUGAACUUGAACAUGACAGUGUGCUAUUGCAACUGGAGGAGGAUUUCCUCAGUGUUUACAGGAAGAAAGCCGAACAGACUAGAACGGAAAAGGUAAACCAACUUCAAGCCAUAUCUUUGGGUGAAGUAGAUAUAGAAAAAAAAAUCCCUUUUUGCUUUCGGAUAGCGUGAAUCCUUUUCUAGGGUGAAGUAGAUUGCAUUUCUUGAUGCAGGAACUAUGGAAAUAAAUCAGUUAUUGUUGUUGCUGAUAGAAUGUCAUUCAAAGUGCAUGUUUUGCAAUGAGAAGAUGAUGAACCUGAAUGUACUAGAGAUGUACUAUAAAAAGGAAGAAGAAAAUAAAUGAUAAGUAGUAAAGCAAACAGUCGGGGCUUACUAAUUAGUUUGAUAAGAACUCAAGAUCGUUGUCAUCAUCUGCAUCUUUGUGAUGUAAUACACUAUUUCCAGGCUUACAUACACAGAUUAACCAUUCCUUUUGAUAAAAACAUUGGAAACUGAAAGACUAUUCUUUCUCAUGAUCUGCCGCUUCGCAAUAUUCUUGAUAGGAUUAAUUUUAGGUCUUAAACCCCAAGUAUUACUUAAGAUUCCCUUAUGUUACAAGGUAUGUUAAUUAGCUCUUCAUUCAAAUUUCAGACUUUGCUGAUUUUCUUUUCAUGUGCAGUCUAGACAGUUGCUCAAAUAUCUAUGUACCUUCUCAUAUAAUCAUCAUGAUGAUACCUUUAAUAGUCGCAUAGUGUUUGUUCUGUUUCUUUUGAGCAUAUUUUGGACGUGUGUUACUGACAAAAUUUAUGAAAAUUUCUUUUUUACUUUUCUUUUAGAUUAUAAUAAGGUGCACUUGUUUGCGCAAGAUGGAGCUUUAUAGAAGAACUGCAAGAUGGGGUCUCAUAGAAGAAUUGAGCACUCAGAGUAUUUCAUACUAGCAUUUAGAUUUACAAAAAUAUGAUAAACUUUUUCUGGGUUCAAUUUUCUAAGACUAUAGUUGAUGCUAACCCUUCUAGAAUAAGAUAGAGAAUGUUCGGACCACUCGUGAAAAGUAUACUGACAUUACCAUUAAGAUUUAUUCAGAUCUGAUAUUAUCUGGUUUAGUUUUAUAAUAUUAUUUAUUUGGUACUAUUUGUUGUGUCCAUGUUCUACUAUUUUUCAUGGACAUACCUCACAAAGGUUAUUUCUGUGUUUUCUUUGUUUCCAUUCAUCUACAUGGUGUUAUCUCGGUUCAUGGUAAAUAAAUGACAUGUAUUUCGGUAUUUACCUCGAAAAGCUAUCUGCUAGCGGCCAAUAUUCCAAAAAAAAAUUUGGCAAUUGCAUUAGUUCAAACUUCAUCUAUGUUCGAACAAAAUGUACGGAAGGUAAGUUCAUCAUACAUCUUAAGAUUAUUUUUAAUACAGAUGAAAAAUAGCUGGUUGGUUGAUCUUUCUACAUGUUUGUCACCUUUCUUUCCUGCAUUUUACAUGCGUUUAGCAUCCAAGAUUUCUUUAGUUUACGCAUCAGACAAAUGCACUUUAUCUGUAGUCUGCUACAAAAGUAACCAUGAAGAAAAAACUACAUUUUUUUUGUAUAAUUUGGUUGCCACCAAUAAGAUGGCCACUAAUUUAGAGUUUAUUAUCUCAUGUCUGCACUACUUGCUAACCUUACUGAGAAGCAUCGAGAACAUAUUUUUGCUGAUAAAUCAGACAUAUGCAACUAUGUUUCCAGUUCUUAAUUUACUAUAUAGUUUUGGUUAGUCUGAGUAUCCUAAAUGUAUUGUUCUGAAUAUUGCAUAAAUAGACAGUUCUCUAUCUAAAACAAAGCUUGAAGAUCACCCAUGUUUGUUUGUCUAAUUUUUAUAGAGUUUUAGUUGCUUCACACAGAAACAACCAUAAAGACACUUCUGAUUUUGGGAGCUGCACACAGAAACAAGCAUCAAGAGGACUUUCUUUUACUGCUCAUCCGAACAUGUACAACUUUGUUUUUAUUUCUUAUUUUACCAUGUAGUUAUCAUUUGUUCGAUCACCGUAAAUGUACUGGUUCUGAAUAUGGUGUAAAUAAGUAGCCCUCAAAGUAAGCUUGGAAGGUCACCCCUGUUCUUUUUUGUCUAUGGAAUGACACACGGGUGGUGCAUGUGUAACAAAGAGAAAGGAUUAACGGGAAAAAGAGAAGAGGUCACCUUUAGUGA